AUGGGUUCUGAGGUAGAACAACACAUUCCAAACCAAACGACAAACACAAACAUUAACAAAUCCAAUGAAAACAAAAACACAAACACCAACACCAACGGUAACAUUUCCGUUGCAAAAACUCUCUCAAUAGUCCAACCUCAUUCACUUCUCCCAAAACCAACACCACCAAUCGCCACUUCAAAUCCCAAACCCCCAAACGACGCCGCUCCGUCAACAUUCAAAACAUUCUUCCGCCAACGUAGUAACAACCUGUCGUCGGCUAUAUCGCGGACGAUCUCGUCGAUAAAAACAUCCAUCGACGACAUAAACGACAAAAACAACUCGUCGUUUAACGAUGUUACGGAAUUCAAACUAUCAGGUCUAAAAGUAGUUGUAGAGACGAAAAACGACUUGUCGUUGGGCAAAGUUCAAAUCACGUUGUUUUCUAAAUCCAACUGCAGAGACUGUUCUGCAGUUCGAAGAUUCUUCAAGGAGAGAGGAAUGAAAUUCGUUGAAAUCAACGUCGAUGUGUACACCAAGAGGGAAAAUGAGCUGUAUCAAAGAACGGGAAACACAAACGUUCCCAAGAUUUUCUUCAACGGGGAGCUGAUCGGAGGAUUGGUGGAGCUGAACGCGAUGAGGAAGAACGAAGGCGGUGAAUUGGAGAAGAAGCUGAAUGAAGUUGCGGAUGAGAAGUUUUCCGGCGAUGUUCCGGUGGCGCCGGAGUAUGGAUUUGAUGAGGUGGCGGAAGAGGUGGUGGAGGAGGAGGUGGAGAUUGUGAAGGUGGUGAGAGCGUUGAGACAGAGGUUGCCGAUUCAAGAUCGGUUGGUGAAGAUGAAGAUUGUGAGAAAUUGUUUUGCUGGGACUGAGUUGGUGGAGUUUCUUAUUCGUCACCAUGGAUAUGUUCAUGCUGAGGCGGUUGAGAUAGGAAGUCUGUUAUGCCAAAAGUACUUCAUCAAUUCAGUUUUCGGGGAAAUUGAUUUCGAGGAGGGAAAUCACUUCUACCGAUUCCUUGAGCACGAAGGUUUUAUCCCAAAAUGUUUCAAUUUCCGUGGUACCACAAAUGACAGUGAACCGAAAAAUGCAGCUACAGUUUGUGAUAGACUUACCAAGAUUAUGUAUGCUAUUCUUGAAUCUUAUGCUUCUGAAGAUAGGAGACGUGUUGAUUAUGUGGCCAUCAGCAAAAGUGAGGAAUUUCGAAGGUAUGUAAACAUGACUCAGGAUCUGCAGAGGGUGGAUCUCUUAGAACUAUCUGAAAACGAGAAACUCGCCUUCUUCUUAAACAUGUACAAUGCCAUGGUUAUCCAUGCUAUGAUAAGAGUAGGGUGUCAAGAAGGUGCGAUUAAUAGGAGAUCCUUCUCUGAUUUCCAGUAUCUGAUCGGAGGACAUUCUUAUUCUCUUGCCAUUAUUACAAAUGGUAUUCUUAGAAGCAAUCGGAGGUCGCCUUAUUCCUUAGUCAAGCCCUUUGGCACAAGAGACAGACGGUUAGAGGUUGCAGUUGUCAAAAUGAAUCCUUUGAUUCACUUUGGACUUUGUAAUGGCACAAAGUCAAGCCCAAAGGUCAGAUUUUUUUCACCUUGUAGAGUUGCAGAAGAAUUGAGAUGUGCAGCUAGAGAGUUCUUAGAGAACGAUGGAAUCGAAGUUGACCUAGAGAAGAGGACUCUUCAUCUCAGUCCAAUUUUUAAGUGGUACAGUGCAGAUUUUGGACAUGAGAGAAAUGUGGUAAAAUGGAUAAUGAACUACUUGGAUGCAAACAAAACAGGUCUUUUGACACAUCUCUUAGAUGAUGGUGGUCCAGUUCAUAUAUCAUACAAAAAUUAUGAUUGGUCAAUAAAUUCUUGA